GAUAGAAAUUUAUCGCAAAGUAAUGAAUGGUUUUGAGUAUCUGUCCCAAUCUUUUUUACUCAUAAGAAAAUUAUUGACUUAUAUUUUAUCAAAAAGUAUGAAAAAUAUUAAUUUUUUGUUUUCUUUGUUUUUGAUGUCUUAUAGUUGGGACGAGUGGUGACACUUAUGGAGGAAGAAGGGGUGUCCACUUGGGGCCGGGCUUUUCAGUUCAUAGACGAGGCAUCAACGCUAGCCUACCUGACGAACCGGGAGUCAUCACUGGGAGGCUAUAACACAGUGAUCGCACAAUUUCACCCCCGAGACCCCAAAGAGGACCCGUUCCCAGUGCUCGUAUACAUAGCACUGCCCUGUAAUUCACUAUUUCUGGGGUCAGCGCCUCUGGACUCGAUCGCCAAAGACAUCGCUCUGUCUGAAGGCAUGUGCGGACCUAAUGUCGAGUAUUUGGCGAAACUGUCGGCAUUCAUGCGCAUCCAUUUGCCGCACGAGUCCGACGACCACUUGUAUCGUUUGGAGGAUUUGGUCCGAAAGCUGAUCCGAGAGCACGAGGAAUGCGACGACAAGUUAGAGAAAAUCUUUGACGAGGCGUUGGAGCGAGAGAUCACGGAUUUGACGGAAUAUAAGUCUGUUAUCCAUCGGAUGGAUGAGCUGACGCUCGACGACAACUCCUAUCACUCAACGACUUCCAGUGCGUCCAGCAGUAGCUCAUCCCUGCAGUCGGCCAACAGCACAGACAUCGGAAGCUCCGGCACCGCCAGUCAAUGGCUAUCAUCAGAGUCGACGUCCAGACACACGGAUAGAGUGACGGCCCGGAAGUUGCGCUGUAUUAACAAAUAGACAAACAGUUAUUAUUAUGAUUACUAUACACACGAUAUUAUCCAACGAACGGACAGUUGCAUAAAAAUAUAUGAAAAAUUAUAAACGCAUUUAUCUAUUAGUUUUUGAGAGAAAUUUGCAGCGAUUUUAUUGUAAACCCAAACGACAGCUCUAUUUAUUUUGCAUUCAUUUUGAUGACAAUCACUGAUUGAUAGCUACGGCUGAUGGAUGGAUACGAUACGGCUUAUCCGUACAAUAGAGGGAAAGCAAAAUGAUAACUAAAAUAUAAAAAUUUAUUUUUAAUUCAAUGUAUAUUUAAAUGCGCGAUAAAAAAGAAGUUGAAUUUUGUUUUUUGUUUUUUUCUACAAAUAAAAAUGUUUUUUAUUUAUAA